UGAAGAAGUCACUUUUUGCUAUAUUCUCCCAGUUCGGUCAAAUUUUGGAUAUAGUAGCCUUAAAAACAAUGAAAAUGAGGGGUCAGGCCUUUGUUGCAUUUAAGGAUAUCAACAGUGCUACAAAUGCUCUCCGUUCAAUGCAGGGAUUUCCUUUUUAUGAUAAACCUAUGAGGAUCCAGUAUGCCAAAACAGAUUCUAAUGUCAUUGCAAAAGUAAAGGGGACAUAUGUUGAGCGACCACCUGGCAAGCUUGCUACUGAAACUGCUGAUUCAAAGAAGAGUAAAAAGAAGGCAUUGAAAGAUCAAGCCAAAGCAAAUCAAGCAGCACUGAAACCAGGUUUGCUUCCUGGUAUUGCUUCUGGAGCCAUGGUUCAGAGCAUAGUUUCCAAUACACUUUCUGCUCAUCCAACACGUUCCACUGCAGCAUCUCAGCAAGCAGCUCGUUCAAUGGAGCAGCCUCCAAACCAGAUCCUUUUCCUCACUAAUUUACCUGCAGAAACAAAUGAAAUGAUGUUGUCCAUGUUAUUCAAUCAGUUUCCAGGUUUUAAAGAAGUUCGUCUAGUUCCAGGAAGACAUGAUAUUGCUUUUGUUGAAUUUGAAAACGAAGUUCUUAGCUCAGCAGCAAAAGAUGCUCUCCAAGGAUUUAAAAUUACACCUACAAAUGCAAUGAAGAUCACAUUUGCUAAGAAAUAAUUUCAAGUGUAUGUUUGUUUCAUUGCCCAUCACAUUUUCACUUUAUUAUAUAUUUCUGCAUUCUAAACUUAUUCCCGUCUCUCUGUUCAAACUUCUUUCAGAAAUAUAAGCUCUGUUUUUUAGGUUAGCAGCCAAAAAUUUUCUUCAGAAUUUUAAAAUUACAUCUGCAAAUGUAAUGAAGAUCAUGUUUGCUAUGAAAUAAUUCUUUAAGUGUAUAUUUGUUUUAUGGUAAUUUUUAUUUUAUCAUCUUUUAUUUGUGGAAUGUAUCAUGAUUUGUACCUCUGUGUUUAGAUAUUUUUCAGUUAUGUAUGAGCUUUGUUUUAUAUGAUGUUAAAAGUCACAACUCUUGAAAUAUAUGCUGUAUUGUUGAAAAAGGUGCUUUUUAUGCCAGCAUUCAUUUGUAUUUGAAAUGUGUUUUUGUCAUGUUUGUGAAAUGAAUAUGUAAACUUAAGUGAGUCAGUAAAGUAACAUUGCUAAA